GUCGGUCCGCGCACCGACAAGGCUCAAGAGCGGCGGCUCAGACACGCGCGGCUGCUCCCUGGGUCGGUGUCAAUCCGGCUCUCGCACCUCCUCCCGGUACCUGAGCGGGGGCGGCACCGCGGCCUCCUCCCCGCCCGCAACUUCUGCCCCGCCGCAGCUGCGUCGCCGCUGCCGCCAGAGUAAAGGUCGCCGGCCGCAGCUCCUCUGGGAAGCCGGCUGGGCAGGUCCGGGGAAGGAGAAAAACAGAAACUCUUUGCCAGUCCGGGAAGAUGGCGCCAGGCGGGCCGGCCGCGGACUGAGAGCCGCCGGGCAGCGGGGAGCCGGGACCUGCCCACCGGGACACGAGCGAAGGCCGCCCGCCAGGUGCGGCGCCCCGGGCUCCUGCCCGGCCCGUGGGGUCAUGUCGGUCAGCGAGCUGUACAGCCAGUGCACAAGGGUCUGGAUCCCUGACCCUGAUGAAGUAUGGUGCUCGGCUGAAUUAACCAAGGACUACAAAGAGGGAGACAGGAGCCUCCAGCUCAAACUGGAAGAUGAAACUGUUCGGGAAUACCCCAUUGACGUCCAAAGUAACCAGCUGCCCUUCCUACGAAACCCAGACAUCUUGGUGGGAGAGAACGACCUCACUGCCCUUAGCUACCUGCACGAGCCUGCUGUCCUGCAUAACCUGAAGGUCCGUUUUCUGGAGUCCAACCAUAUCUACACUUACUGUGGUAUCGUGCUUGUUGCCAUUAAUCCUUAUGAGCAGUUGCCAAUAUAUGGACAAGAUGUCAUCUAUGCCUAUAGUGGCCAAAACAUGGGCGACAUGGACCCCCACAUCUUUGCUGUGGCAGAAGAAGCUUACAAGCAGAUGGCCAGAGAUGAAAAGAACCAGUCCAUCAUAGUCAGUGGGGAGUCUGGAGCCGGGAAGACGGUGUCAGCCAAGUAUGCCAUGCGUUAUUUUGCCACUGUUGGUGGCUCAGCCAGUGAAACCAACAUCGAAGAGAAGGUCCUGGCAUCCAGUCCCAUCAUGGAGGCCAUCGGAAAUGCUAAAACCACUCGCAAUGACAACAGUAGCCGUUUUGGAAAGUACAUUCAGAUCGGCUUUGACAAACGGUAUCACAUCAUUGGGGCCAACAUGCGGACCUACCUGUUGGAGAAGUCCCGAGUGGUCUUUCAGGCGGAGGAUGAGAGGAACUACCACAUCUUUUACCAGCUCUGUGCCGCUGCCAGUCUUCCGGAGUUUAAAGAGCUCGCUCUGACAAGCGCGGAGGACUUUUUCUAUACGUCACAGGGGGGAAACACGUCCAUCGAGGCUGUGGAUGAUGCUGAGGACUUUGAAAAGACACGGCAAGCCUUUGCACUCCUUGGAGUGAGAGAAUCCCAUCAGAUAAGCAUUUUUAAGAUAAUUGCUUCUAUCCUGCACCUUGGAAGUGUGGAGAUGCAGUCUGAGCGCGAUGGGGACUCCUGCAGCAUAUCACCCCAGGAUGAACACCUAAAGAACUUCUGCCGACUGCUAGGAGUGGAGCACAGUCAGAUGGAGCACUGGCUGUGCCAUCGCAAGCUGGUCACCACCUCAGAGACCUACGUCAAGACCAUGUCCCUGCAGCAGGUGGUCAACGCACGCAAUGCUCUGGCCAAGCACAUCUACGCCCAGCUGUUCGGCUGGAUUGUAGAGCACAUCAACAAGGCCCUGCACACUUCCCUCAAGCAGCACUCCUUCAUUGGGGUCCUAGACAUCUACGGGUUUGAGACAUUUGAAGUAAACAGCUUUGAGCAGUUUUGCAUCAACUACGCAAAUGAAAAGCUCCAGCAGCAGUUCAACUGGCAUGUGUUCAAACUAGAGCAAGAAGAAUACAUGAAGGAGCAGAUCCCUUGGACCUUGAUUGAUUUUCAUGAUAACCAGCCUUGCAUCGACCUCAUAGAAGCUAAGCUGGGGAUCCUGGACCUUUUGGAUGAAGAAUGUAAGGUCCCCAAAGGAACUGACCAGAACUGGGCCCAGAAGCUCUAUGACCGGCACUCCAGCAGCCAGCACUUCCAGAAGCCCCGCAUGUCCAACACAGCCUUUAUUGUUGUGCACUUCGCAGAUAAGGUGGAGUACCUUUCAGACGGUUUUUUGGAGAAAAACAGGGACACAGUGUAUGAAGAACAGAUCAACAUCCUGAAGGCCAGCAAGUUCCCACUAGUGGCUGACUUGUUUCGUGAUGAUAAGGAUGCCGUUCCUGCUGCCACCGCCACACCCGGGAAGGGAUCCUCUUCAAAGAUUAACAUUCGCUCUGCCAGAACCCCCAUGAAAGUUUCUAACAAGGAGCACAAGAAAACUGUGGGCCACCAGUUCCGCACCUCCCUGCAUCUGCUAAUGGAGACCCUGAAUGCCACGACACCACACUACGUCCGCUGCAUUAAGCCCAAUGAUGAGAAGCUCCCCUUCCACUUUGACCCAAAGAGAGCGGUGCAGCAGCUUAGAGCCUGCGGGGUGCUGGAGACGAUUCGCAUCAGCGCAGCUGGCUACCCGUCCAGGUGGGCCUACCAUGACUUCUUCAACCGGUAUCGGGUGCUGGUCAAAAAGAGAGACCUGGCCAACUCAGACAAGAAGGCCAUCUGCAGGUCUGUCCUGGAGCAUCUUAUCAAGGAUCCCGACAAGUUCCAGUUUGGCCGCACCAAGAUCUUCUUCCGGGCGGGCCAGGUGGCAUACCUGGAGAAGCUGCGGGCUGACAGGUUCCGGGCAGCCACCAUCAUGAUCCAGAAAACUGUCCGGGGCUGGCUGCAAAAGGUGAAAUAUCACAGGUUGAAGGGGGCCACCCUGACCCUGCAGAGGUACUGCCGAGGAUACCUCGCCCGCAGACUGGCCGAGCAUCUGCGCAGGACCAGGGCAGCCGUGGUGUUCCAGAAACAGUUCCGCAUGCAGAGGGCCCGCCAGGCCUACCAGAGGAGCCACAGGGCUGCUAUCAUCAUCCAAGCCUUCACUCGGGCCAUGUUCGUGCGGAGGAGGUACCGCCAGGUCCUCAUGGAGCACAAGGCCACCAUCAUCCAGAAGCACAUGCGGGGCUGGAUGGCACGCAGGCAUUUCAGGCGGCUACGCAACGCUGCCAUUGUCAUCCAAUGUGGUUUCCGGAGGCUCAAGGCCAAACAGGAGCUGAAGGCCCUCAGGAUCGAGGCCCGCUCUGCACAGCACCUGAAACGCCUCAAUGUGGGCAUGGAGAACAAGGUGGUCCAGCUGCAGCGGAAGAUCGACGACCAGAACAAAGAGUUCAAGACACUGUCAGAGCAGUUCUCCACAGCCACCUCCACGUACACCAUGGAGGUGGAGCGGCUGAAGAAGGAGCUGGCGAGUUACCAGCAGAGCCAGGGGCCCCCCAGGCUGCAGGAGGAGGUGGAAAGCCUGCGUACAGAGCUGGAGCGGGCCCACUCGGAGCGCAAAGUCCUGGAGGACUCCCACAGCAGGGAAAAGGACGAGCUGCGGAAGCGAGUUGCAGACUUAGAGCAAGAAAAUGCUCUCUUGAAAGAUGAGAAAGAACAGCUGAACAACCAAAUCCUGUGCCAGUCUAAAGAUGAAUUUGCCCAGAACUCUGUGAAGGAAAAUCUCCUGAUGAAGAAAGAACUGGAGGAGGAGCGAUCCCGGUACCAGAACCUCGUGAAGGAAUACUCGCUGCUGGAGCAGAGAUUCGACAACCUUCAGGAUGAGUUCACCAUCAUAAAGCAAACUUCAGGCCACAGGCGGAACCCAUCUAACCAAAGUAGCUUAGAAUCAGACUCCAAUUACCCCUCCGUCUCCACGUCUGAGAUUGGAGACGCUGAAGAUGCGCUCCAGCAGGUGGAGGAGAUUGGCUUGGAGAAGGCAGCCAUGGACAUGACAGUCUUCCUGAAGCUGCAGAAGAGGGUCCGGGAGCUGGAGCAGGAGAGGAAGAAACUGCAGGUGCAACUGGAGAAGAGAGAGCAGCAGGAUAGCAAGAAAGUCCAGGUGGAACAACCACAGAAUGACGUAGAUUUGGACCCAGAUGCAGAUCUGGCCUACAAUAGUCUGAAGAGGCAGGAGCUGGAAUCAGAAAACAAGAAGCUGAAGAACGACCUGAACGAGCUGAGGAAAGCCAUGGCCGACCAGGCCACACAGAACCACUCCAGCCACAGCUCCCCGGACAGCUAUAGCCUCCUGCUGGACCAGCUCAAGCUGGCCAAUGAGGAGCUCGAGGUGCGCAAGGAGGAGGUGCUCAUCCUCAGGACGCAGAUCAUGAGCGCUGACCAGCGCCGCCUUUCUGGCAGGAACUCGGAGCCAAACAUCAAUGCUAGGACAAGCUGGCCUAACAGUGAAAAGCACGUAGACCAGGAGGACGCCAUCGAGGCCUACCACGGGGUCUGCCAGACGAACAGGUUGCUGGAGGCACAGCUGCAGGCCCAGAGCCUAGAGCAUGAGGAGGCGGUGGAGAGUCUUAAGGGCCAGCUGGAGGCCCUCAAGGAGGAGAUGGACAAACAGCAGCAGACCUUCUGCCAGACGCUGCUGCUCUCCCCAGAGGCCCAGGUAGAGUUUGGUGUCCAGCAGGAGCUUUCCCGGUUGACCAAUGAGAAUCUGGACCUUAAGGAAAUAGUAGAAAAGCUGGAAAAGAAUGAGAGAAAGCUCAAAAAACAACUGAAGAUUUACAUGAAGAAAGCGCAGGACCUAGAAGGUAAAGUGGCUGCACAGGCGCUGGCUCAGAGCGGGAGGUGGCACCAUGAGCUCACCAGGCAGGUGACAGUACAGCGGAAGGAGAAGGACUUCCAGGGAAUGCUGGAGUACCACAAGGAGGACGAGGCCCUCCUCAUUCGGAACCUGGUGACAGAGCUGAAGCCCCAGAUGCUGUCAGGCACGGUGCCCUGUCUCCCCGCCUAUAUCCUCUACAUGUGCAUCAGGCACGCCGACUACACCAAUGACGACCUCAAGGUGCACUCCCUGCUGACCUCCACCAUCAAUGGCAUCAAGAAAGUCCUGAAGAAGCACAAUGAUGACUUUGAGAUGACGACAUUCUGGUUAUCCAAUACCUGCCGCCUUCUUCAUUGUUUGAAGCAGUACAGUGGGGAUGAGGGCUUCAUGACUCAGAACACAGCAAAGCAGAAUGAACACUGUCUUAAGAACUUUGAUCUCACCGAAUACCGCCAGGUGCUGAGUGACCUUUCCAUUCAGAUCUACCAGCAGCUCAUUAAAAUUGCUGAGGGUGUGUUGCAGCCUAUGAUAGUUUCUGCUAUGUUGGAAAAUGAGAGCAUUCAGGGUCUGUCUGGUGUGAAGCCAACGGGCUACCGGAAGCGCUCCUCCAGCAUGGCAGAUGGGGAUAACUCUUACUGCCUGGAAGCCGUCAUCCGCCAGAUGAAUUCCUUGCAUACGGUCAUGUGUGACCAGGGCUUGGACCCUGAGAUCAUCCAGCAGGUAUUCAAGCAGCUCUUCUACAUGAUCAAUGCAAUGACUCUUAACAACCUGCUUCUGCGGAAGGACGUCUGCUCUUGGAGCACAGGCAUGCAGCUCAGGUAUAAUAUAAGUCAGCUUGAGGAGUGGCUCCGGGGAAGAAACCUGCACCAGAGUGGAGCAGUUCAGACCAUGGAACCUCUGAUCCAAGCAGCCCAACUCCUGCAAUUAAAGAAGAAGACCCCUGAGGAUGCAGAGGCCAUCUGUUCCCUGUGUACCUCCCUCAGCACCCAGCAGAUUGUCAAAAUUUUAAACCUUUAUACUCCUUUGAAUGAAUUUGAAGAACGCGUAACAGUGUCUUUUAUACGAACAAUCCAGGCACAACUGCAAGAGCGGAGUGACCCUCAGCAACUACUGUUAGACUCGAAGCACAUGUUUCCUGUUUUGUUUCCAUUUAAUCCAUCUUCUCUGACCAUGGAUUCAAUCCACAUCCCAGCCUGUCUGAAUCUGGAGUUCCUCCACGAGGUCUGAAGAUACACGUCUGAUGUUAGCUCAGUACACCCAAUGGCAGCAGGAAGGAAGCAUAUGCAAUAAAGUGAAUUUAAGCACCAGUUAAAUCUGGGAAAGGUGGAUCAAAUCAGAUCAAGAGCCUAUGGAGAGUACUAAACUAUACAGAAGACACAUCUCUCAAUAUUUUUUAUACCUACUGCUCAGAAUAAAAACUUGAAAUAUGGAA